AUUUAUUUAGAAGAUUUCUUCAUCUAAAGAUCCUUCUUAUAAUAAAGUGUUUCUCCCUCCACAGCUGCCAGUCGAUCUCCUUAUAAACAUGGAAACUGCUACUACAGAGUUCCCAUUUACCCUUAUGACUCCUUGCCCGGAGACCGUGAAGAACCUCAACAGCACGGUUUUGGUUGUAAUCUACAUCAUAGUCUUUUGCCUGAGCUUGCUGGGAAACACCGUGGUCAUAUUUGUGGUUUUCUUCAUGGACAACCGCAGGACGUCCACCGACCUUUACCUGAUGCACCUGGCUGUGGCUGACCUGCUUUUUUCCCUCACUCUCCCCUUCUGGGUGGCGUACCUCCACGCCGGUCACUGGCCGUUCGGCACCAUCAUGUGCAAAAUGAUCUCUGGUGUGCAGGAGGUCACAUUUUACUGCAGCGUUUUCAUGCUAGCCUGCAUUAGCAUCGACCGCUACAUGGCCAUCGUAAAAGCAACGCAAUUCCUCAACCGAAAGCUCCAUCUGAUUGGGUUUGUGUGUGCGUUGGUGUGGCUGUGCGCCGCCCUCUUAUCUCUUCCGGUUAUGGUGCACCGUGAAGCGAUCACGUAUGAUGGUGUGGAGUAUAUAUGUGAGGACAAUGUGACUGCGGAGAGCACCGACAGCUGGAGGAUGAGCCUUCGCAUUAUCCGUCAUACUCUGGGAUUCUUCCUGCCGCUCACCGUGAUGAUGUUCUGCUACGGUUUCACCAUGUUCACUUUAUGUCACACGCGCAACAGCCAAAAGCAGAAGGCCAUGCGGGUCAUCUUGAGCGUGGUGCUGGCUUUUAUCAUCUGCUGGUUGCCUCAUAACAUCAUAGAGUUCACAGACAUCCUGAUGCGAGCCGGACAGGUGGAGGAAACAUGCCAGCUGAGAGACAACAUAGACGUGGCUUUGUAUGCGACGCAGGUGAUGGCGUUCGCACACUGCGCAAUAAACCCCAUCCUGUACGCCUUCAUCGGGAAGAAAUUUCGUAACCAGUUGCUGAUUUCUCUCUUUAAGAAAGGCCUGUUUGGGAGAAACAUGCUGUCCAGAUAUGGAGCGGGAUCCUUUCAGAGCUCUGGAAGCACUCGGCAAAUGUCAGUGACGCUGUAGUCAAUUAAAUGUGAACAGGCUUUAAUAAACAUGUGAAGACAUGGCAGGUGUGGUAGGUUUAAAGGUUAGGAUUAGGAUUAGUGUGAGGGUAG